CAGUUAGUGAUAACAGUCCUGGUCAGAGAUGAGGACCUGAUCUCAGGGAGUGACAGAAGUGUUUAGGAGUUAAAUAUGACAGGAUUGACUGAAUGACUGGGUGGUUGAGAGAGAAGGAGGAAUCUAAGGUGACUUCUCUAUUUCCUGUUUGGGAAGUGAGGUAGACAGUAAAUCAUCAACAAGAUAGGAAAUUCAGGAGUAACAGUAACAUAUUUAUUCAACUUAGAUCUAAGCAUAGGAAUGGUCAUUGUAUCUGUAAGAGUAAAUGAGAUGGAGAUCAUUCAGAGAACACAAGUGAGAAGAUUAGAGGAUUAAAUUAAGUGUAAGCUCAAGAAAAUAUUAACAUUUAAGGGACUGGCUAAGGGAAUGUCAAUGAUGGAAUUGCUAGAAAGUAUGUGAUGAGAUUUGGAAUCUUGAGAGGAAGGAAGUUAUUCGAAGACGAGAAGAUGGUGCCAGAUGCUGCCAGCGGAAUUUUUUUAGGAUAGGACUAAUAACCGAUCAUUUGAUUUGGUAUUGAAAACCUCCCCUUUGAACUGCAGAGAAACUUCCAGCUCAUGAGGGACCUGGACCAAAGAACAGAGGACCUGAAGGCUGAAAUUGACAAGUUGGCCACUGAGUAUAUGAGUAGCGCCCGCAGCCUGAGCUCCGAGGAGAAAUUGGCCCUUCUCAGACAGAUCCAGGAAGCCUAUGGCAAGUGCAAGGGAUUUGGUGACGACAAGGUGCAGCUUGCCAUGCAGACCUAUGAGAUGGUGGACAAACACAUUCGGCGACUGGACACAGACCUGGCCCGUUUUGAGGCUGAUCUGAAGGAGAAGCAGAUUGAGUCAAGUGACUAUGACAGCUCUUCCAGCAAAGGCAAAAAGAAAGGCCGGACUCAAAAGGAGAAGAAAGCUGCCCGUGCUCGUUCCAAAGGGAAAAACUCCGACGAAGAAGCCCCCAAGGCCGCCCAGAAGAAGUUAAAACUUGUGCGCACAAGCCCUGAGUAUGGGAUGCCCUCAGUGACCUUUGGCAGUGUCCACCCCUCUGAUGUGUUGGAUAUGCCUGUGGAUCCCAACGAACCCACCUAUUGCCUUUGUCACCAGGUCUCCUAUGGAGAGAUGAUUGGCUGUGACAACCCUGAUUGUUCCAUCGAGUGGUUCCACUUUGCCUGUGUGGGGCUGACCACCAAGCCUCGGGGGAAGUGGUUUUGCCCACGCUGCUCCCAAGAACGGAAGAAGAAAUAGACAAGGGCCUUGGAUUCCAACGCAGUUUCUUCCACGUCCCCUGACCUGGGCUACUGGGGAGAGGGAUGCCUGGCUGGGGUCAGGGAGAGGUGGGUGGCGCAGACUUGUCAUCCCCUCUCCUCCCCUCCCCACUCCUGGUGCUGAGGCUGCACCCAGACCCUGGUACGGGGGUUGCUGCAGCCACUAACGGUAUGUGCUCUCAUUCAGCCCGCCCCCUUCAGAGGGAAGGGGUCUUGCCCACUGUCCUUUUGCCUCCAUGCUGAGGUUGGUGCUGUAUUUUUGAGGGAUGGUCCUCUUUACUCCCCUUGCUUUGUAUUUAAGGACUGGGGCAGUAGCAUGGGGCCCUCCCCCAGCCUCCUGAUCCCCUCCCCUUGUGGGGGGCCCAUGGCGUGAUAAACUUUCUUCACUCUCUUCCUGCUUUUCCAGCGGGGGCUCCUCCAGAUCAUCUGGGCUGUGGCCCUGGCUGAAGGGUCACCCCUUCCUCUGUGCCAAGAGGAUUCGUCCUGGUUUGUGAGUGGGAGGGGCAGGGUGGAGUGCAGAUAUCUCAUAUGUAAAGGAAUUGGGUCGGUGAAUAAAAGCUGUACAUGUUG